AUUUACUGAACGAAAGUCCCGAUAAAUUUGAUGGAUUGCUCUCGGUUUUGCCAUCUAUUUGGGCAUCUGUGGACAUUGAGGGUGUAUUUAAGGAGAGUAACAUUUUUACUAUGGCUUCGGGAAACACAGGAGAUGUAUUGAAAUUCUUUUUAUAUGCUGAAGAGGUGAAUUCUCAUGCGUUGAUAUUAUGCAAGCUGAAAAUUAAUAUACAUUUAGCAUCAGCUAGCAUUAAUAUUAAAACAGGGUACUUGACGCAAGAUAAAAUUAUCUUUGAUGCACAAGAAACAGAAUUAUUUAAAUAUUCACAACGUUUGCAGAAUUUAAAGAAUUUGAUCAUGUUUGAUAGUUUAUCUUUAUAA